AUGAAGAAGUUUCUCUUACUAAUGAGUCUUUAUCUGGUUGGAUCUGCCAGAGGAGCAUCAGGUCAGCCUGAUGAACCUCCUGGUUCUAUGGAUCAUCAAGCUUCCGUUCAGCAAUUUUCAGGUGGGUACUUUUCACUUGGAAACCCUUCAGAUGGUGAGGCUUUGUAUGAGACUUCUUCAGACGAGAGCAGUUUAAGUGAGCACACCUCAGGUGGGCACGCUUCAGUUGAACACGCCUCAGGUGAGCAGGCUUCAGGUGAACACACUUCAGGUGAGCAUGCUGUGGGUGAACACAUGUCAGGUGAACACACCACAGGGGAGCACACUUCUGGUGAACAACCUUCAGGUGAACAGACUUCUGGUGAAAAGCCUUCAGGUGAACAGACUUCUGGUGAACAGUCUUCUAGUGAAAAGCCUUCAGGUGAACAACCUUCAGGUGAACAGGCUUCCGGUGAACAAGCUUCAGGUGAACAAGCUUCAGGUGAACAAGCUUCAGGUGAACAAGCUUCAGGUGAAAAGCCACCGGGUGAACAGCCUUCAGGCAUUCCACCUUCAAGCACACUUUCAGGCCCAAUAUUAAAUUGCCACACAUGCUCAUAUAUGAAUGAUCAAGGAAAAUGUCUUCGUGGAGAGGGAGUCUGCUCCACUCAGAAUUCCCAGCAGUGCAUGUUAAAGAAGAUCUUUGAAGGUGGAAAACUCCAAUUCAUGGUUCAGGGUUGUGAGAAUAUGUGCCCAUCAAUGAACCUCUUCUCCCAUGGAACCAGGAUGCAAAUUAUAUGCUGUCGGAAUCAAUCUUUCUGCAACAAGAUCUAG